CCACCACCACCAACACACACAUACACACACUCGGGCGCAUUUUUUUUUCAUCGUGAGCCGGUCAAGAUGGCGGCGGUACUACCAAGACGGAGCAGCCGCUCGGCUUAAUCGAUCAUUUUCUCUAAAUCACCGGGGCAGAUCGGGUUCAGACCGACCGAAUCGCGUGGCACGACUGUGUGAAAUCACCCGCGGCCUGCGAUAUACAACGUGAGAAUCAAUCGCGUUAAACCCGGUGUUUUUUUUUUAACGGAAAUGCUCUUACUCUAGUUUGUGUCUCGUCCGUUAGCUCUAUUUGGGGAGAAUGGGAGACAAGCUGGAGUUAAAACUGAAGUCUCCGGUCGGAGCCGAAGCUGCAGGCUAUCCGUGGCCCUUACCUGUUUAUGAUAAACACCAUGAUGCUGCACAUGAAAUCAUCGAAACUAUUCGCUGGGUUUGUGAAGAAAUCCCAGAUCUUAAGCUGGCCAUGGAGAACUAUGUUCUUAUCGACUAUGACACCAAGAGCUUUGAGAGUAUGCAGAGACUAUGUGAUAAGUACAACAGAGCCAUUGACAGCAUUCACCAACUGUGGAAAGGGACAACCCAACCCAUGAAACUCAACAAGCGGCCUUCCAACGGCCUGCUGCGUCACAUCCUGCAGCAGGUCUACAACCACUCCGUCACCGACCCAGAGAAACUCAACAACUACGAGCCGUUCUCUCCCGAGGUGUACGGAGAGACCUCCUUCGACCUGGUGGCUCAGAUCAUCGAUGAGAUGGAGAUGAUGGAAGACGACACCUUCGUGGAUCUGGGCAGUGGAGUUGGUCAGGUAGUCCUGCAGGUCGCUGCAGCCACCAACUGUAAACACUACUACGGCGUGGAGAAAGCAGACACUCCAGCAACCUAUGCAGAGUCAAUGGACAGGGAGUUUAAGAGAUGGAUGAAGUGGUAUGGCAAAAAACAUGGCGAGUACACGCUGGAGAGGGGAGAUUUUCUUUCGGAGGAAUGGAAGGAACGAAUAGCCAACACAAGUGUUAUUUUUGUGAAUAACUUUGCCUUUGGUCCUGAGGUGGACCACCAGCUGAAGGAACGAUUCGCCAACAUGAAGGAAGGUGGAAAAAUUGUAUCCUCAAAACCUUUUGCACCUCUAAACUUCAGAAUAAACAGUCGAAACUUGAGUGAUAUUGGCACAAUAAUGAGAGUAGUUGAGCUGUCCCCUCUGAGGGGAUCGGUUUCGUGGACGGGGAAGCCAGUGUCGUACUAUCUGCAUACGAUAGACCGCACCAUACUUGAAAACUAUUUUUCUUGUCUCAAAAAUCCUAAACUCAGGGAGGAGCAGGAGGCGGCCAGAAGGCGCCAGCAGAAGGACAGUAAGGAGAAUAAGAGCAACACCACCACCCCGACCAAGCCCAAGGAGAACAAGCAGGCGCAUCAUGACUCUGGUGGUGAGGAGGAGCGCUCAAACUCGCUCGUGCCAGUGAAACCGUCACCCAAACCCCGCCGGGCCAAACUGCUGCCCAGGGGCCGCAAGCUCAGCAACAGGAAGCGUGGACGGCCUAAGAAAGCUGCCGCUGCCACUGCAGCCGAGCGCAAGAACAAGAAGAGCCAGAGCGCCCUUGAUCUGCUGCAUGCCAAGACCCUCUCAGCGGCCCCCCCUCAGGAUGCAUACAGGUCACCUCAGAGUCCAUUCUUUCAGCUACCUCCCAAAGUGCAGCAUUAUACAUCCAGCCAGCUUCUCAUGAGCCCCACUCCACCAGGCCUGCAGGCUCUACUCGAUAACGUGAAAGUCCAGUACCUGCAGUUCAUGGCCUACAUGACGACACCCCAGUACCGGACCAACCUGCAGCAAGCCCUUGAGCAGGAAAAGCUGAGACACACAGAACUGUCGGGUCAAGCCCAGCAGCUGCUCAACACUUGUCACGCUCAUAAAGAGAGGAUCAGAGACCUUUUCCAGUCCAAACUGGAGGAGCUGGGUGUGAAGGCGGUGACCGUGGAGGACCUGGUGCAAGCUCAGAAGGAGAUCACAGCCCACAACAUGCAGCUGAGGGAGCAGACCAAACAGCUGGAGCAGGACAUGGCAGAGCUUCGCGAUCAGAGCCUGGUGCUGCUGAAGGCUCGGUGUGACGAGCUCAAGCUGGACUGGGGAUCUCUGUGUCUGGAGACUCUGUUGAAAGAGAAAGCGGCUCUGCGAAGACAAAUCUCGGAGAAACAGCGCCACUGUCUGGAGCUCCAGAUCAGCAUCGUUGAACUAGAGAAGAGCCAGAGGCAGCAGGAGCUCCUGCAGCUCAAGUCUUACAACCCGUGUGAGGACUCCCCCUACCAAAAGGCCCUUCCUGGUCCAGAUCCCCGGCCCACACUGGAUUCCGACACCCCCAAACUCACCCCGCACGCUUCUGUAGCGCUCAACGGCCUCAGCCCAGAACUGUCCAUCAAUGGCACGGCCUCGCCGGGUUACGAGAGGGGCAGUGGCAGCGGAAUGGGCAAAAACAAGCUUCUCACCCGUUACCUGCCUAUUUCCCCUGACCACGAAAUUGUGCCGCCCACCCCCGACUCAAGAACCAGGCAGCUAGGGCAACCCCUGCCCGACUACACCCGUUUCUCUCCAGCUAAGAUCGCCCUCCGCAGGCACCUCAACCAAGAUUCGGCUGCCAAUCAGUUUAGAGCCCUAAGCAACAUCCACUGGGGUGACACCAGUGCCGUUUCAUCUCCAACGCUGGGAUUCAAACAUUCUUGCUCCUCACCCAGUUCAGCGGAUAUUCAUGCGACCACCACACCCAAGAGCACAGAUAAGGAAAAGAGCCCAGCUGCCCCCGGCGACACCAUAACCAGUCUACCAAUCAGCAUCCCCCUCAGCACUGUGCAUCCCAGCAAACUUCCUGUCAGCAUCCCACUGGCCAGCGUGGUGCUGCCGAACCGUGCUGAAAGAUUGAGAAACACUCCUAGUCCAGUUUCAAAUCCUGCAGGACAGAGCAAUGGCAAGCCGCCUCUCACGCCUACCUCAGGGUAUUCCUCCAGCUCAGGAUUGGUGAAUGGCUCUCACUCCGCCAUGCUGACCGAGGACCAAGACUGUGACGCUGCAUCCCCUCCCCCUCACAGCACUCCCAUCAUGAGCCUCCAGCCUCGCGGCCCUGGCCUCAGUCCUGCGCUGGGCACCGGAGGUGUGCUGCAGUACGCUGACGGCCCACCAAGGCUUCCCCCCGAGGACGGCCAUGACCGGCAUGGCCCCGAAUCCGACACAGAUCUUUUGGACAGCGAGGCUCGUCGCCGUAUCUUUUUCUCCUCGUCCUCUUCUUCCUCCUCAUCCUCGUCCUCCACAGGAGGUUCAAGGCUCCACCACGGAUCAUUAAAGCAGGGUCACCAUCAUCACAGUAAGCAACAUCACCACCACCACCACCACCAUCAUCAUCAUCACUCUCCGAACUCCCACAGCCAAGAGGGCCGGAAACGAGGGCGGCGGAAGCGCAGCUCCUCUGGGGCCAUUCCCAUUAGUGGAUCCCCCAAAAGAAGGGCAUUUCCGGGACUUGGCUGCUCAAGCCAUUCUUCUGGAUCACCGCUUAAUAUCAAUUCAAUGGUGAACAACAUAAACCAGCCUUUGGAGAUCUCCGCCAUCUCUUCCCCAGAGCAGUCAGGACGAAGUCCGUGCGGGACAGAUCUAGAUCAGCCUCCUGUGCUCAAAAGAGAGCGUCCCCUGGAGCUCAACAACACGGGUCGUUAUUCCUCCGCCCCUAGUUCUGAUGAAGAGGGUGCCAGUUUUGCCCCGGACACCUCUAGUUCAAGCCGAAUUGAACGGAAAAUCGCCACCAUUUCUUUAGAUCGAGAUGGACCUAUCAGAGAUGUGGAAAGAGGCUCGCAAGGACGUAAAUCAGGUGCCAGUAGCGUGAGCAGUGAGGUAUCAUCUUCCUCUGGGGCCAGCAAGUGGAAAUCCACCUUCUCCCCAAUCUCUGACCCCAAGCCAACUUCUACGGAUCUCCGCCAGGGUGGCUCGCCUUUUGGUGUUGGGGAUUCCCGAGGCGGUACGGAUUCCGACUCGGACCAGAAACCGCAGAGGAGAGGGGAACGGGAAUGUGAGCGUGAGCCUUACGGGAACUCGAACCUCUUCCUCAGUCAGGAUGGCAGCGGUCGCCCAGUCGUCAGCGCAUCAGAGCGGCCACAGCAGAAACAGAAAUCGCGAGAAUGGGACCUGAAAUCCGUAGGCGGAUUGGCCAGCCAGAACCUCUUUAUAUCUGCAGCGGCCAAUGGCGGCAUCUUGAGUGGAAAAGUGGGUGGGGCCACCACCAUUUCCUCCGCCUCCUCAGUGGGACAGUACUUCCCCCUGGGUGGGGCUUCGGUCCUCCAGUCCUUUUUUGGAGCUCAGACGCCUGGACCCACCACCGGCGGAGCCCCCCGGUUGGUCAACGGACAUUCGGCGCUCAGCAGUUUCUCCAGUGCCGGGCUGGCAGGGGGCGCUGCAGGAGGGAUUUUUCACCACAUGGUGCCUUCAGUCUCCUCACAGCAGUCUGGGGCCAAUCUCCCGGGCCCCGGGGCCCUCAGUUCCCAGCAGAGGCAUCUGGACACAAACCCCAAAGCGGGGGCCUCGUUCUUGGCCUCGGGCCCCUCGCAGCACAGCCGCACACAGACAGUCCUACACACACCCUCCCCACCCGCCCUCCCCCAGCCCCCUCCCCUCCUGAACGCGUCCUCUGCCGCCCCAUCCCAACCUCCCUCCCCACGUCCCGAGCGCCACCAGUCCUCAAGGCCGCAGUUGUCCCUCCCCGCCUCAUCCUCCUCACCGUCUCUGGCCGCCGCAUCAGCUUCUUCCACCUCCUCUGCUUCCUCCCGGCCCUUCACUGUGCACUAUCCCUCGCACCUGCCACCUCCACACCCUGCCGGCAGCGCAGGUUCAGGUGGGGCUGGGAUGUCCUGGAGGACUCUGGGUAUGCAGGCGUCCUACACAGCCUCGCAGAUCCCCGGCAGUCACCCCAGAUAGGACCCGUCCAGUCGUAGGAGGGUGGGGGGAGGGUGCGGUUUGAUGUGGAAGUAGACUAUUGCUAGACGGACACAGGGAAGCUACUGCGCUCUGCCGGCUGUAAUGUUAUGAGUCCCAACAAGGUAACUGAAGAAAUCUACCUCAACCCAACGUAACCUAUGCAACGGACAGGUGUGGACCAAUGGGCUCGACUCGCUCGCUCACCGGUGCUCUAACAUUUGCUAAAAGACGCCACUGUAAACUGGCAUGGGUAUCAGAACUUAUCACAGGUGCAGCUUAACACACACACACACACACACACACACACACAGCCCCUGAAUCACAUUCAGAUUGACACAGUAUGCAGCUUCCUUGUUUUUCCGAGUGUUUUAAGGUGGCACCAUGUUGGGCUGAUGCUAACCUCCAUUUAUCAAUAAUUGUGAGUUUAACAUGGCCUUACUGAUGAAUGGUUUGCUAGAUUUGUAGCCAUCCUCUGGUGGAUUCACAAUCGAUGUGAAGUGUUUUAUAUGUCAGGAAUAUAAUUACAGUCAGCCCGGUUUCAAUGGGCCGUACACACACACACACACACAAAGACUUGUGAAUCUCUGUAACCUUGCUGCUGUUAUCAGUGGAAAGAAAUGUGGCUUUUUGUGAUUGACAACUCCUAUUCAGAUGGACUCCAUGAAGCCCCUGGAGCCCGAUACUGUUCCCCUGCUGGGACGUCACCCUCACAGCCCGAGCGUUUGCGCUGAACUCACUACUUUUGUGAAAUCGAUGUUAACAAAUCUGUCCGAUAGUGCAGUAGUCACCUUGGCUUGGGCAUUUUAACUUCUCAUCAUAUGAAAUCAUUUCUUUGUAAGGUGAAAUGAAAAGGAAACCACAAGCUCCAGCUGUAUAAGGGUGAAUCUGCAAGUGAUAUUUGACCUCAGAAAGACGACAAUUCGAAAUGAUUGCUUAAUAUUAAACCAAGAUUUUUUUAGUUAAUUGUACAUUUUUCAUGACUGUUAAGCACAUUUUCCCAAAAUUUUGAUUACAAUAAUGAAAAAAAAACAAUUGUCAUGUACUGUAAUUCAUCUGAAUGUUUAUAUAUAUAUAUAUAUAUAUAUGCAUAUAUGUAUAUGCUUGGCAGUUUUACCUAAUUUAGUUAAAUUGCAAUACUAUUUAUCACUGCAGUACUAAACAUGCUUAUUAUGUAACAUUUUUUAUGCAUUACAGUAUUGGGAGGUGAAAUUCACUACAAAUAUUUUUUUUUUUUAAUUUCACGUUCCUUUCUGGGGUGAAAUAUGACCUGGCAUGUUCUUGAUGGGCUUCAUGAGAUGCACCAAUAAUUCAAUAAUUUCACGUGAUUUGUACACUGGAUAAUUUACCUGUGGAGCUGUUAAUGACAAACGUAUUCAAACAGCAUGUCUUUUUUUUUUUUUUUUGUAAGCUUUUUAUUAAUCAAAGGGAAAAUGGUCAUUUUACACGCAUGUAAAAUAAAUUGUAAUUUAAGAAUGAGACGGACACAAACGCACCUUCCAGGAACACACGAUUAAAACACAAUCUGCAGGGAGAGCCACAGAAUGAGUGACGAACCUGUAAGGAGCUAUUUAAUCCGGUUAGUUGCUUUAACUGCCGGCUCUUAUUGAAUCACUACGUUUAGCGUUUGGUUUAGGGCCCUGUUUUAAUACUCAAGCUUCCAUGUUCCUAACAGUUAGUUACUGCUGAACCUUUAAUACAAUGCACAUAUUCUGUUCAAUCGGAACGCUUGGUCUUACACGGUACAGGCUUAUUCAGGUGAAUCUGGUGCUGAACCAUACUCCUGGCAGAUUUCAUAGGUGUUUUCCUUUGGAUUACCAAAUCCGAUGUCAUCGUGGUGCUCUUCGCAACCUGGAAAACCAGCACACGCUUGUACAUACAAACACACUGAUUAAAAGAUGAACACACACUGGGAAAAACGCAAGAUCACAAAACUACUGGGCAACUUCAACUCAUCCUUUUGUUUCUCUUUUAUUCCUGUUUUUUUUCUGUACUGUGAAUGGAUGUCUUUCUCAGACUGUAUAAUUGUGUAUAUAAUUUUAGGGUUAUUUAUCAAUUUAAUUUCCUGUCUUUUUGUUGUUUCUUUUGGUUUGUGUUCGCUCUUAUUUUGUGUUGGAGCAGAGCACAACGUGUGCAAAGUGUAUGUACUUGACUUGCAGUCUAAAAAAAAAUGGUGCUACAAUCUGUACAACUUUAGACUGUGCUUAUUUAUAUUAAGAUCCUUAACAACAACAACAACAAAAAAAAGAAAUGAAUAAAGAUUUUUGGUGCUUCUUUUACACAGGGAUGUUUUCAAGCCUCGCGGCAUUUAUUUUCUCAAUAUUUAUAAUGUAUUAUUUGGCGCCCAGCAUGAAACAGCCCCUGUCUGUUUGGAUCGGUGUCGUUUUUAUUUAGAAGAAACACCUUUUGGUCUUAAUCGAGCUUAAAGAAGCAUGAAAGUACAUUGCAGAACUUUAUAGGAUGAUAAAACUUUUUUCUUUUGAAGUAUUUACUUCAAUGGUGCUCCGGAGUCGACCUGUGUUGGCAGGUAGUGAAUGCUUUGAAUUACACCUAUGGCACAUUGGUGCCAUGUGGCAUUUCAUAACAUUUUUGAUUUCUCGUAAAGAGAUCAUGUGCUAAGCCUGUUUGCCUACCGUCUUGGGCCCGUACGGCUCGGUGCUGUUUCUAAAAAUCGUUGAAAUCUUCGCAAAUGUAAAGCAUACAGCUUCAUCUUUCACAAACUGGUGCUGCUGUUCACACGGAUGUCGAAAAUACCAGUGCGCCCAUACCAAAACCUACUAUCCACUGUCAAAGCCUGUCCUAGAGUGCGUCGUGUAACCUAGAGUUUGAGCCUAUUGCGUAUCAUGACGUAAAGUUGUUCAGAUGUGACCGGUCGUAGAUUUGGCUAGUGUUUUGUCAGUUGGCUAGUUCUAGUGGUUGACCGAUAUGGGUUUUCCAAUGACUGUUAUCAUAUCUAGAGUAGAGGCUAUUAAAAUGACUUAUGUGAAAUAUUUGGACAAUAAAAUGGGUAGUUCACCAAAAAAAAAAAAAAGAAAUUUGACAUUGUCAUUGUUUAUUCACCCUCAUGUCGUUGCUAACCUGUACGACUUGCUUUAUUCUGCGGAACACAAAAGACAAUAUUUCAAAAAAA